AUGGCCGACCUGUUUGUCAACCUCGAGGCGCCCAACGGCGUCAAGUACAAGCAGCCUACUGGACUUUUCAUCAACAAUGAGUUUGUGCCUGGCUCAUCAAGCCAAAAGAUCACCUCAAUUGACCCUGCUACCGAGAAGGAGAUUGCCACAGUCCACGCCGCCAACGCCGACGAUGUCGACAAGGCUGUUAAAGCCGCCUACGCUGCCUUCCGGGCUCCUUCAUGGAAGAAGAUGCCCCCUCCCGAGCGAGGUGUCCUGAUGAACAAGCUCGCCGAUUACAUUGAGCAGCGCAAGGAGAUCUUUGCUACUUCAGAUGCCUGGGACAACGGCAAGACAUAUGCCGAUGCCCUCGGUGGUGACCUCGCCGAGGUCGUCAACACCAUCCGGUACUAUGCCGGCUGGGCCGAUAAGAUCCACGGCCAGACCAUCACCGCGAACCCUCUCAAGCUGGCUUACACUCUCCGCCAGCCUCUCGGUGUCGUUGCCCAGAUUAUUCCCUGGAACUACCCCCUCGCUAUGGCCGCCUGGAAGAUCGGCCCCGCUCUCGCUUGCGGAAACACCAUCGUCAUGAAGGCCGCCGAGCAGACCCCUCUGAGCAUUUUGCUCCUCGCCGAAGCCUUCAAGGCUGUUGGCUUCCCUCCCGGUGUUUUCAACGCCAUCAACGGCUACGGUGCCGAGGCAGGCCCUCCUCUGGUAGAGCACAAGCUGGUUGACAAGGUUGCCUUUACCGGCUCCACCGCCACCGGCACUCAGAUUAUGAAGAUGGCCUCCAAGACCCUCAAGAACAUUACCCUCGAGACCGGAGGAAAGUCUCCUCUCCUGGUCUUUGCCGACAGCGAUAUCGAGGAGGCUGUCAAGUGGUCGCAUAUGGGCAUCAUGUCAAACCAGGGCCAAAUCUGCACCGCCACAUCUCGUAUCCUGGUCGAGGAUAAGGUCUACGACCAGUUCAUCAAGCGCUUCCUCGAGACGACAAAGACGGUCAGCAAGGUCGGUGACCAGUGGGACUCUGACACGUACCAGGGCCCCCAGGUCUCAAAGCAGCAGUACGAGCGUAUCCUGGAUUAUAUCCAAAUCGGAAAGUCUGAGGGCGCUCAGAUUCUCUCUGGCGGAAAGGCUGUCGACGCCACCAAGAAGGGCUUCUUCAUCGAGCCCACAGUUUUCGGUGAGGUCAAGGACACUAUGCGCAUCUUCCGCGAGGAGAUUUUCGGUCCCGUGGUCGCCAUCGCCCGCUUCAGCUCCGAGGAGGAGGCCCUGAGCCUGGCCAACGACUCUGCUUACGGUCUUGGCGCCGCCGUCUUCACCAAGGACGUCGAGCGGGCGCACCGAGUUGCCUCCGAGAUCGAGGCCGGUAUGGUGUGGAUCAACAGCAGCCAAGACAGCGAGCCCUACAUCCCCUUUGGCGGUGUCAAGCAGAGCGGAAUCGGACGCGAGCUCGGCGAGGCGGGUCUCGAGGCUUACAGCAACACCAAGGCUGUGCACGUCAACCUGGGAGCUCGUCUGUAAGCUGUGCAUGACUUUGGCUGUUGAUGACACCCGGUACAAGGAAUAGGCGCUCGGCGUAAAUAGUAUAUCAUUUGAAUACCAAAAUUGUUAAAUCGUGUAA